AUGAAGUCAUCGGAGAUCGAUCAAGAAUUAUUCACAGAAAGUUACUGCCGGGUAUGCAGUGCUCAGCUAAUAUCGGAAUCACAACGUGUGGCUCAUUACGAGAGUCGGAAACAUGCAAGCAAAGUUCGGCUUUACUACAUGCUCCACCCGAUCGAUGGAGGAUGUCCUGCAAAGAAGCUUCGGUCAGAAAAUGGUAAUGAUGAUGAUGAGUCCGUGGACAAGAACAAGUGCUGUACACUCUGUAACAUGUCCUUUACCUCAGCGGUGGUGGCUGAGUCACACUAUCAAGGGAAAAUCCAUGCCAAAAGAUUAAAACUCUUGCUAGGAGUGCAGCCGACUUUAAAAGCCACCGAAACAAACCUGAGUUCUCUUAAGGAGCCACAGGUGGACAGCUCUCCAGUAGUGUCUCCACCCCAUCAGAGAAGAGAUUCUGACAGGUAUUGCCAGCUCUGUGCAGCUUGGUUUAACAACCCAAUGAUGGCACAGCAACACUAUGAUGGAAAAAAGCACAAAAAGAACGCAGCCAGGGCUGAUCUACUAGAGCAGCUAGGGAAGACAUUGGACCUAGGCGAGGUAAGAGGUCUGAAGCGGACAUAUACUUGCAACAUCUGUAACGUCACUCUAAACUCAAUAGAACAGUAUCACGCACACUUGAAGGGCUCAAAACAUCAGAACAACCUGAAGAAUCAGUAGACAAUCAUGCAAGAACGAAGUUCAACCUCUAAUACUUCUUCAAAAACCAGCCCUUACACAGGGAAAGAUGCUUUCUUGGACAAUGAGCACUUCCUAUGUGACAUCAUACAUGUUUAGCUAAUCUUUGCUUUGAGCAACGAACGGAUUUUACUUUUUAUUUUUAUUUUGUGGUGAGUAAGAAGAUUCAGGAGGAUUUUUUUAUACCCUUUAGAGACAGAGUCUAUAUAUAUUCGACAUAAAAUCGAGAGUACGUUUUAAAUUGUAAGAUAUAUAUAUCAUCCAUCUUCGGAGGCCAAUGGAAUAAAAUAUUUUUUUCUUUUUUUUUUCAUAUUUAUUCUCAGAUUUCUUCAGAGAGUUAUAAGAUCCUAUGAAAUUAUCUAUAAUUGUGAUGUAAGUAACAAGUCUUCAAAAAAAAAAGAAAAGAAAGAAAUAAACUUGAUAUCUUCACCA